CAUGCAUGCCCAACUUGACUCCUCCUUUUUAUACGUAGACUUCCAAUUAGAUUUCUCAUCAACCAAAAAACCAAGAACACCAAAGUGUGCAACAUACCAAAAAAAAAAAUAUAUAGAAAAAGAAAACCCUCCAUUAUUUUCCUUUCUUCACUACUCUCUUGUCAUGGAUCUCAUUUCAAUUUUGCUUUAUGGUCUUCCUUUGUUUUUCCCACUCUAUUUGAUAUGGAAGAUUAUAGAUCGAAAGAGACACCAAUAUUGUUACGUUUUGGACUAUGAAUGUCACAAGCCAACCGAUGAUCGAAAGCUUAGCACAAGAUUUUCAGGAGAGGUAAUUAGGCGGAACAAACACCUUGGCCUAAAUGAAUACAAGUUUCUCUUGAAAGCUAUCGUUAGUUCGGGCAUCGGAGAACAAACGUAUGCACCACGAAUGGUGUUUCAUGGACGUGAAGCCUGUCCUACGUACGAAGAUGGGAUUGAGGAGAUGGAUGAAUUUUUCCAUGAUACUAUUGACAAGAUCUUGAAGAGGAACAAAAUUUCUCCUAGUGAAAUCGAUGUCCUCGUGGUGAAUAUAUCGAUGUUAGCUUGUGUUCCAUCAUUGUCUUCUCGACUAAUCAAUUACUACAAGAUGAGGGAAGACAUCAAGGUGUACAACAUCACCGGGAUGGGGUGUAGUGCUAGCGUCAUUUCGAUAAAUAUCCUUCAAAAUAUUUUCAAGAAUGAGAAGAACAAGGUUGCACUUAUGGUAACAUCCGAGUCCUUGAGUCCAAAUUGGUACAUUGGGAAUGAUAGAUCUAUGAUUCUUGCUAAUUGUUUGUUUAGGUCAGGGGGUUGUGCAGUUUUGUUGACAAACAAAUUGGCUUGGAAAGACAAAGCCAUGUUAAAGUUGAAGCAACUAGUUAGGGUACACCAUGGUGCCAAUGAUGAAGCCUAUGAUAGUUGUGUACAAAAGGAGGAUGAUCAAGGUAACAUAGGGUUCCACCUUGAUAAAACACUACCAAAGGCCGCAACACGUGCACUAGUCGAUAAUUUGAAACAAAUUGCACCUUUGAUCCUUCCGGUAAGGGAAUUACUUCGAUUUGCAAUCGCGUCAUUUGUGAAAAAAAUGAAUUGGGGCUCAACAAAAGGAGAACCUAAGCCAGUGAUCAAUUUCAAAACAGGUGUGGAUCAUAUUUGUUUGCAUACUGGCGGAAAAGCAGUAAUUGAUGGAGUUGGUGCAAGUUUGAACUUGAGUGAGUAUGAUUUAGAGCCAGCAAGAAUGACAUUGCAUAGAUUUGGUAACACUUCAGCAUGUAGCCUUUGGUAUGUGUUGGGGUACAUGGAGGCUAAAAAAAGGCUUAAAAGGGGUGAUAAAGUGCUAAUGAUUAGUUUUGGAGCAGGAUUUAAGUGUAAUAGUUGUUUAUGGGAAGUGUUAAGAGAUUUGGGUGAUGAAAAUGUUUGGAAAGAUUGCAUUGAUACUUAUCCACCGAAUACUUUGGUGAAUCCUUUCGUAGAGAAAUUUGGAUGGCUACAUGGUGAAGAUCCAGACACAUUUUAUGUUCCAGAUGACUAUGUUAUCCCUUGAGUUUUUCUUCUUUUUUUAAAAUCAGAACAAUAAGUUUAUCUUUUUUCUUGCUUAAAAAAGAAUAUUAUCCUUCUUUUUUUUUUUUUUCACUUACAGUAUUUUUUUUUCUAUAUUAGGUUUUCUUGGUUUGGGAUUUAAUUUAUAGAAUUCAUAGCUUUUUUUUAUCGAUUUUUUGUUUCAAAUAUAUGUAUGUAAAAGGAAAAGAAGUUCUUGUUGAUCCAUAAUUGGAUUCUUUUCCCAGUAAUUAGGCGUUUUGCCUUGUAUCAAACGAAAUUGUUCCAUGUAUGUACCAAGACUAAUCAUACUAAAUUGUUCUUAUUAUAA